GGUACUGAUAAAUGAUGUACAACAUGAGUGAAUGCUGAGACACAGCCAAGCAGAGAAAAGGGUAUCUAGGAGGAAUUCCUUCACAGAAAGAGGCAAUACAUUAAAUGAAGAAAGCAGCUAUUCUUCUUGAAUGGCAAUACACAGAAGCUGAGGUCUCAGAACAUUUUCUACCUGUUCCUGAUCUGCUACAGGUCACUGAAGAGAAUAUUCAAAUUCUUAUGCAACCAUAGACAAUCUUCAGCUUUUCAGACUCACAGCCACAGAUAAAGAUUGAUUGAAAGGACGGUUCAGCAUGAAUUCCUCUGUAUUGCUUCGUCUCAUGGUGAUGCUGGUUCAACUUUGGCCUUGCUCUCCUGGCACACAGAACUCCAGCACUCAAAACACCGUUCAGUCUUUCCCAGCGGUUCGAAGAGUGAAACGUGGCUGGCUGUGGGAGCCUCUUUUUGCAACUGAGGAACAGAUUUCACCGGAUCCUGUGUAUAUUGGACAGCUGAAAUCAGAUUUAGACAAGCAGGAUGGCAACUUAAAAUACAUUUUGACUGGGGAGGGAGCUGGAAGGUUUUUUUUCAUCGAUGAAUAUAAUGGCAAAAUUUAUGUAACACAAAAGCUGGAUAGAGAAAAGAAACCUUUCUACACUCUAAGAGCACAAGCAAUUAACAGGAGCACUCAGCUUCCUGUUGAACCUGAAUCAGAAUUUAUCAUCAAAGUUCGAGAUGUCAACGACAAUGAACCGCAGUUCUUGGAUGGACCUUAUGUGGCCACUGUUCCAGAGAUGUCACCUGAAGGUACUUCGGUUACACAGGUAACAGCUACAGAUGCUGAUGAUCCUUCUUACGGGAAUAGUGCUCGUCUGCUUUACAGUCUCGUUCAGGGGCAGCCUUAUUUCUCUGUGGAGCCGAAGACAGGGGUCAUUAGAAUGGCUUCCCAAAUGGAUAGAGAAACAAAAGAUCAGUAUUUGGUCAUCAUUCAAGCCAAAGAUAUGGUUGGGCAACCAGGAGCAUUUUCUGCAACAGCCACUGUUACCAUCAACCUCUCUGACGUCAAUGACAAUCCACCUAAAUUUCAACAGCGGCUCUACUAUAUGAGUGUCUCUGAAGAGGCUCCUGUGGGCACCACUGUAGGCAAAAUCUUUGCAGAAGACAGUGACAUUGGGGACAACGCAGCCAUGGACUAUUUCAUUGAAGCAGAUAGCUCAGAUGCUUUUUACAUCAUUACAAACAAUGAGACUCAAGAAGGAAUUAUCUUACUAAAAAAGAGGGUGGAUUAUGAAAGCAAAAGGAGAUAUAGUAUUCAAGUAAAAGCUGUAAACAGGUACAUUGAUGAGCGUUUUUUGAAAGAAGGUCCAUUUGAAGACACAACCAUUGUUAAAAUCAAUGUGGAAGAUGCUGAUGAACCUCCAGUUUUCACCUUGGAGAACUAUGUGAUGGAGAUUGUUGAAGGAGCUAUGAGUGGCACACUGGUGGGGGUCGUAACUGCUACAGAUCCAGAUAAUGAUGGCAGUCCAGUCAGGUACUCUAUUGUCCACAGCACACAUUUAAAGAGACUGUUCAGCAUCAAUGAACACAAUGGAGCAAUCAUUACCACUGAACCUCUGGACCGAGAGAUAGCUUCUUGGCACAACUUAACUGUUACAGCCACAGAAACAAGAAAUCCUGAAAAAAUUUCAGAAGCAAAUGUGUAUGUCCAAGUUCUCGAUGUUAAUGAUAAUGCACCAGAAUUCCCUAAAAAUUAUGAAACAUAUGUUUGUGAAAAGGCGGUUUCUGGACAGCAAAUUCAAAGCAUCAGUGCUGUGGAUCAAGAUGACUCAGCAGAAGGUCACCGUUUUUAUUUCUCAUUGGCUCAGGAGGAUGCAAACAGCUCACAUUUUACUGUCAAAGACAAUCAAGAUAACACAGCUGGAAUUUUCACAGGAAAAAGUGGCUUCAGGAGGGAAGAGCAGUUUUUUUUCUACUUGCCAAUCUUAAUUCAGGAUAAUGGAACCCCACCGCUGACGAGCACAAAUACCCUCACUGUCACUGUCUGCGACUGUGACACUGAAGUUAACACCUUCUACUGUCGAUAUGGAGCUUUCAUGUAUUCCUUAGGUCUCAGCACAGAGGCUUUAGUUGCUGCUUUGGCUUGCAUAUUAAUAUUCCUUGUGUUCUUCUUGGCAAUUGUAACCAUAAGGCAGCAGCAGCAGAAGAAGCCUCCCUUUUCAGAGAAGAUGGAAGAAUUUAGAGAGAACAUUGUCAGUUAUGACGAUGAAGGAGGGGGUGAGGAGGACACAGAAGCCUUUGAUAUCUCAGCACUGAGGACACGCACUGUCAUGCGAACGCACAAACCUCGGAAGAAGCUGGCCUCUGAAAUCCAGAGCCUCUACAGACAGUCUCUGCAGGUGGGCCCAGACAGUGCAAUCUUCAGGCAGUUCAUUUCAGAAAAGCUCGAAGAAGCAAAUACGGAUCCUAGCGUUCCUCCCUAUGACUCACUUCAGACCUAUGCCUUUGAGGGCACUGGCUCCUCGGCAGGAUCCCUCAGCUCCUUGGGUUCAAACACUUCAGACAUGGAUCAAAGCUACGACUACCUUGCAGACUGGGGACCUCACUUUAAACAGCUUGCAGGCAUGUACUCUUCCCAUAGAACUGUGGAGGAUUAGGCACUCUUUGAAUUGUUCGUUUUCCUAAGUCUCAGCAACAAAAUGCAGCUGUGCAUUUUUUAAAAAGGAGAUCAUCCCACAUUAAAACAUGAGAAAUAAGAGCCCAAGGGUUUUAAUAUGGUAAGUUUGGGAUGUGGAAACCUCUUGAAAGGAUAAAACACGCUGGAAGUGUUACCACAUGAAGGGAUGGAGGUUAUAGUUUGAAAACCUUGUGUUAAUCUAAGUGUUUAAAUGCAAACUUUGCUGCUUUGGAUAUCAAGAUCCUCUUCUGGAUACUGAAAAUCUGGAUCUUGCUUGUGCAAAAAAAGGAGUAGAAGCCAUAAAUGGAUGUUGUAAACAUUCUGUCAUCCAUAAGCUUUAAACAGUUUCCAAAGAUGACAGACUUUUGCUGUUGCAGUUGAAUACAUACAUUAACCAAAGUUAAACACGCAUAUUUGUAUAAUGCUUCAUUAUAUAAAUAUAAUUGUGUGACAAAGUAGACCCUAGAUAUUCUAAUGCCAUUGUCAAAAGUGCUGACAAAAUAAUCUAUUUAUUGUUCAUAGAAUGAUAAAACUAAAACAAAUAUCUUUUCCUAUCAGUAUAAAAAUAAAAAAGCCUAUUAUGGCAUCAGCAAGUAUUUGAUAACAUUUUAGUUUUUAAUGAAGCUAUUGGAAAAUGUGUAAACCAGUACUUAAUCUGGCAAAUGGGAUAGGAAAAA